UUCUACUUGUUUUUCCAGCAGAAGCAGCAACAUUACACAACAACGGGAAAGCAACAGGAAAGAGUGCCUGUCAUCGCCGAUUCUCCUACCGUUCGCUACUGCGACUCAAGAGUGCCUCGCGCUCGUCUGUCCUCCAUCUCCGUAAAGGGCUCCGGUAAGAACAAAAUCCCCUGCGAAGUAACUUCGAUCAACCUGCAAAGCGGGUUUUAUUUUUGGAUGAUGAGACGGCAGGGCCAGUAUGCUGAUUCUGGUGGCACUGCUUAUGGUGGUGGUCAGAUGCAGCAGUCGAUAUUUCUAGUCAGAGGGGUGAACAAGGGUCUGAUCAUUUCCAAGGACAACUGGAGGCCUUCAUCGAAACCUGAUGGGCAGUGGCGUUGGGUGAGGGAUGAAUCAAAGGCGGCGAGUUCAGUAGCAUCCCAGAUGUUCAAUGAAGGUCAAGUGGUUGAUGCAUCGAGGCCUUAUAUUCAGGGGAAAAGGUCAGAGUCCCAUGUGGGUCUGGAGCAACAAGGGAACGUUGAUAUGCAGAGCUCUCUUUUGAAGAGAAGCCACAUUUGCAAACAUUUAAAGGCCUUGAACAGAAAUUCCUUGACGACAUCAUGAAAUUAGUCAAGGAGGAGCAGAGUGAUGCUGAGGAUGCAGAGAUUUUCCAGACACAGAGAGGUUAGCUUCUUUUCGACAACACAGUUAUUGAAUCAUAUGUGUUGAUAUUAAAUACCGUCACCUACUUGAACAUCUGUAUGUGGACUAGGUGAAUGAAAAGCAGCACGAAUCCUGAAAAAGAAAAUGCUCUUCAUUCCUAUUCUCCUAGUCUUAGUACACAUCUUCU